CCGGCGCUCCCUUUCACACUGUCAGGACUCAGGAUGGAGAAGGUGUGCUCGGUGUUGCUGUUUGCGCUCUUGGUUACAUGGAGCCGGCCUGUCGCCGCCGACACCCCGGCCAACUGCUCCUUCACGGACCUGAAGGGCACCUGGGAGUUCAGUGUGAGCCCCAGCAAAGGAGGAGUGCGCACCAGAGACAUCGACUGCUCCCAGCUGGGUCCGGUGGAAAAUAAGGUAACGGUGACUAUUAAAGAGCUGGACGUGGCUGAGGAUGAGUUUGCCAAUCUGGGAUUUGUUACGAUAAUCUACAAUCAAGGGUUUGAGUUGGCAAUAAAUAACAUGAAGUGGUUUGCGUUCUUUAAGUACGAGCAGCACGGUUCCAACGUCACCAGUUUCUGCCAUGAUACUUUCCCCGGCUGGGUACACGAUGAUCUGGGGCGCAACUGGGCUUGCUUUGUUGGGAAGAAAAUAAGUGAAUCUUCUGGGAAGAAACUGAAUCCAGCGCCCUUCCCCAGUGACACAGGACGACUGUCUAGCGCCCCUUACAGACACAACCCUGCGUUUGUAGAACAAAUAAACUCUGUUCAGAAAUCAUGGACAGCAACUGUGUACCCCGAAUAUGAAGGCAUGUCUAUGGAGGAUCUCCUCAAAAGAGCUGGUGGUCGUAAAUCCAGAAUCCCAAGCAUCCCACCUCUGGCUCCGAUGCCCAUGGAUGAGAAAUACCAGGGCCUGCCUGAUUCCUGGGACUGGAGAAAUAUUGCUGGAUACAACUUUGUCAGCCCCGUCAGGAAUCAAGGGUCCUGCGGAAGCUGUUACUCCUUCGCUACGAUGGGAAUGUUGGAAUCUAGAAUCCGUGUCAUGAGCAGACUUCAGCAGACUCCUAUCCUCAGCCCCCAGCAAGUGGUUUCCUGCAGUAAUUACUCUCAAGGUUGCGAUGGAGGCUUCCCUUAUCUUAUUGCUGGGAAAUACGCUCAGGACUUUGGCAUUGUAGAAGAGGCUGACUUCCCUUACACCGCCGGUGAUACGCCGUGCACUUUGAAAGGUGACUCCUAUCGUUAUUACACAGCAGAGUACCACUACGUCGGAGGCUUCUACGGUGGCUGCAAUGAGGCAUACAUGAAAUAUGAGCUGAUUCUCGGAGGACCUUUGGCUGUAGCUUUCGAAGUCUACGAUGACUUCAUGCACUACAGUGGAGGGAUCUACCACCACACUGGACUUCAGGAUAAAUUCAACCCCUUCCAGCUGACCAACCACGCUGUCCUGCUGGUUGGGUAUGGCAAAGAUUCCUCAACCGGAGAGAAGUACUGGAUCGUGAAGAACAGCUGGGGGGAGAGCUGGGGAGAGAAGGGGUUCUUUAAAAUCCGCAGAGGAACAAAUGAAUGUGCAAUUGAAAGUAUAGCAGUGUCAGCAACUCCUAUUCGUAAACUGUAACAAUCUGCAAUGUCUUAAGUGAACCGUAUUCUAUUUUA